AUGCGCAGGCCAAGAAUGGCUGACUCGACCGACCCAAAUGUGGCGACCUUCAACAACACCUACUGGGAGAUUUUGUACAAUCUGGUGGCAGACUACUACCUCUGCUGGUACCUGCCGCUCAACAUCGGAGUCGGCCUGCUGGGCAACCUGUUCUGCUUGAUCUUCCUUUCGCGAUCGAAGAUGUUCCCGAAAAAGGUGCGCAUUUGGAUGCUGUGCAUCUGCACCGGAGACUCGUUGAUCCUGUUGACGGAUGCGCUGCGCAUGUACAUCAAGAUCGCCACCAAAUGGGACAUGCGCGAUGUGAACACACCGAUUUGUCGGUUGCACAACUUCCUCUCCAACUAUGCCUUCUACUGGUCGGCGUUCAUGCAGACCGGUCUGAGUUUGCAGCGGCUCUAUUUCGUCAUCUCGCCGCUGUCGGCUCGCAUUCAUCUGCCCUUGAGCAAAGUGGUCGCCAUCUGGUUUCUGCUCACUUUCCUGCCCAUCUUUCCCAAUCUCAUCUUCCUGCUCUUCUGGCACAUCGGACAAGACUGUGAGCCCUACGACGCCAGCUACUACAAAGUGACGUCGAUCUGUGAUCUGGUCAUUCAGGGCAUCCUACCCUUGGCCGCCAUGGUCCUCUCCACCGUCAUGAUCGCCGCGCGCAUGCAUCAAGAAUGCGAAACGGCCACCCAACGACUCAACGCGGCCGGCGCCAAAAAGGUGGCCCCACUCGAGCCGGUACCGCCGAUCGACGCCAGAAGCUCAUCUGCCGGCGGCAUGAAUGGCGCCCAGUUCGGCAGUAGCCUGCGCUCCAGGACCAGCCUCAUCAACAACAGCCUCAGCAUCAAAGAGCCGUCAGAGUAUUCCGUUGCCACCGGCCAACGGUCGUACGUGUCGGUGGACGUUGGCGCCGGCAGUCAUCUUCCCGAACAGACGCAGGUGGGCGCUAAAGCGGCGUCUCGACGCGACAACCAGUCGCUGCGAAUCACACGACUUCUCAUCACACUCAAUGUCUUCUAUUUGAUCACGACAUUUCCACUUUUUGUCUAUCUCGCCUAUCUCAACAUGUGGCAUCGUGUGGGCGCCACCAUUCCUCAGCCUCUGCACAGGACCAUCUACUACGUGUUACGGUCCAUCUGCUUUCUGAACAGUUCCUGCAAUUGGAUAUUCUAUUGCAUCGGAGGCCAGGUCUUCCGGAAGCACACGAGAAAGUUGGUGUGUCGCUUCGUCUUCCGAAUACAGGUCACCUGUCACCAGGUCUGUCGACACUGUUGCCUGGGCGACACGUCGUUGGCCGGUGCUGACGGCGUGACGCCGAUCAGUUUUUCGCCUCUUCCAGACGUCUCCAGCGAAGCGGAACGAGAUCGUCUCUCGGACGAGAGCCGCAAGCCGACAAAGGCCGGUAGAGUUGCAGCAGAACCGCGACACAACUUGCUCAUCGACAGACGUGUUGCUGAGGCGGAAGAUGCCAACUUGGCAACCAGUCGAGAAGAAGAGAGGUCAGAAGAUGCGGUGAAUGAGACUGAGGCGAGAGGUGUGAAGCUGCUGAAGAGACAAACAUUUUCCUCUUUCAAAGAUCCUAAAGUCACCAAGCGACUGUCAACACUCUCUUGGAGGGAGACAAAUAGCAUGAAUCGACUGACUGACCAGCAUGCAAAUGAACAAACCAUUCAGAGGCAGGAAGGUCGUCGACGUGAAGUAGGUCGCCCAAAGGUAACCUGUGAUUAUGAACCUGGUGUCCGAGGCGAUCUGCCUGGCUCUGUGUCAGCCGUGGAGACACGUUUGUCACAAUUUCUGUUCAGAAUUUCCGUACUCGAGCAUGACUAA